GUACAUCAGAGCGACUGUUCUGCGUCGGCGGAGAUCAUGCAGACGACAAAGGAAAUUGGAUAAAGGCGCUGAUGACGAAGGAAUCCAUUGCCCACUUGCCCUCGAAGUCCAAAUUCGAGGUAUUGAAAAGUCGAUUCCACUUCCCAAUUCGAAUUUUUGGGUAGCCCAAGAUGUCAUACACAGUCCAGUCUGGCGACACUUUCUGGUCUAUCAGCCAGAAACUGGGUCUCUCUGUCGACGCACUCCAAGCAGCGAAUCCAGGUGUUGCUGCUGGAAGCCUUCGAGUUGGACAAGUUCUCAAUCUCCCAGGGUCUGGAACGAUAAAGUACACAAUCGUCGCCGGCGACACUCUCUGGACAAUCUCUCAAAAGAAUGGAGUUUCUCUAGAAGCUUUACAAGCAGCCAAUCCCGGCAUCAAUCCCAACACUCUCCAAGUCGGCCAGGUCAUUAACAUUCCCAGAGGAGGCAGUGCACCAGCACCAGCACCCGCUCCUGCGCCUGCUCCACCGCCACCAACCAAUGGCACUAUCCCUGGCGCAAGGUCCUUCGUUCCAUACAGUGGUCCAGCAUCUAAUUACCCGAACCCCAACCAAUGGGCAAAUUGGGAUACACUCUGGAAUCAAAACUUACGACUCAUGAGACUCCAUGAUACAGAAGCAGAAAUCGCUCUCAUUCGAAGUUCCAUCCUCACCGUAUCCCAGGAAUCCGGCGUAGACAGAAGAGUCAUUCUCUGCAUCAUCAUGCAAGAAACUGGCGGAAAUGUUCGCGCUCCUACUACGAACAACGGCGUCCGCAACCCAGGUCUCAUGCAAUCUCACAAUGGCGUAACUUUCAAUCCCGCGGACCCAGCAGGCAGUAUUCUUCAAAUGAUCCGCGAUGGAACAUCAGGCACUGCUUUUGGCGAUGGAUUGAAGCAAUGUUACGCAAAGCAGGGAAACUGGUAUGCGGCAUUCAGACAGUAUAAUUCUGGAAGUGUAGAUCCUGGCAAUUUGAACAAUGGGCUGGGAGCGACGGCAGAUUAUGUGACGAAGACCGCGAAUCGAUUGAUGGGGGCGAUUUGGGUGAAUAUGUGAAGGGCCUUUGGAGAAGGGGAAGAGGUGAAUGUACGAGGCUUGGGUUAUGGCGAGGUUCGUGGGAUAGAUCCGGGUACUGACGCAUGAGAAGGACCUGCGAGCGCGCUCGCCUGAUGCGAAUUGUUAAUUUUCCGUUGACAAGCUUAUGCUCUUCUAAAGUUCCGUAGCACCAAUCGUGCUAU